CCAUCGGUCGAUCGAUUUUCCGUACGCAGUUUCGAUACGCUAACGCCCUUCCAGGGUCAGUAUCAAGCGAACAACUGGGAACGAUGGGUUGCCUGAAGAAACUGGUGCUUGCUUCACUCGUGACGACCGCACUGUGUUGUGGUGCAUUGCUUGCGCUGUGGAUAUGGCUCGGUGUGGAAAUCAUUCCCAAUCAAAUCCGCGAUCCACGCCUACUGCAAGAUCGUUCGUUCGAUUACAUUAUCGUCGGUGCUGGAACUGCGGGAUGUGUGUUGGCCAAUCGACUGUCCGAAAAUCCGAACGUAACCGUGCUGCUAGUGGAAGCUGGUGAUACGUUUGGGGCCGCUUCCAUCAUCCCCCUGAUCAGCACGGCCAUGCAGGGUACCAAGUACGAUUGGGCUUUCCGGACGACACCACAGAAAUACUCCUCCCACGGUCUAGGAAACAAUCAACAACUGCUACCACGCGGCAAAGGACUGGGCGGCUCGGGACAAAUUAACUACAUGUUGCAUUUCACGGGCAUACGGGAGGAUUUUGACCGUUGGGAGCGGCUAGGUGCACGUGAUUGGGGCUGGCACGCGAUGAAACCUUAUCUGGAUAAGCUGAACCGUGCGGUGGAUGGUGAACGGGAGGACGAGGAUGAGACGAGUGAAUGCAAUCAGCAACUGACUGGCGAAGAGCUGUAUAAGACCAACAACCACUACGCCUCAAUUUUAUCGGACAGUGACAAGCACGGUGGAAGCAUUAGCUUUUGUUCGAGGAAAACUACCCCAAUCCACCCAACAGCGGAAGGUUUGCACAUAACCGAGGUGGACACACGGGACUCGCUACUAGCGAAAGUGUUCACCGAGGCACCGCUAGAGCUUGGCUCGGAGUAUCUUUUCAAACCCGCCCGGUACACCAUCCGGAACGGAAUCCGUUGGAGUAGCUACCAUGCUUACCUUCGUCCCGCCUUCCGACGACCCAAUCUGACCAUUCUUACCUCCACGUCCGUUGCAAAGGUUCUGUUCGAUGAAACCAAUCGAACGAAGGGCAUCCUCGUACAGCAAGCCACUGGAAACGGUCCCACUGCACAAUCAGUCACCAUUGCCGCUAAGCAGGAGGUUAUUCUCAGCGCAGGGGCACUGCAUACACCACAGCUGCUGAAACUGUCCGGCAUUGGGCCGAAACUGGAGCUCAAGCGACACGGUAUCGCUCUGGUGCACGAUUCCCCGCUCGUGGGCAACAACUAUUUCGAUCACCUCAAUCUUCCACUGUUCGUCAGCAUCAACGCCACGGCCAGCGUAACGAUGGAUAAGGUCCUUUCGGUGGAUACGAUCAACCAGUACCUCCAGCACGGCCAGGGUGUACUGGCCACGACCGCCAUCGCCGGCAUUGGUAGCCCUCGUGGUGGUCGGUUCGGUAUCAUACUCUUCGGGAUGGGAAGUGUCGACGAGCAAGCGUUGCGCCACGUGUCCAACAUGAAGCAGGACACGUUUCGAGUUUUCCCCUCCUACCAAAACACCAGCCAGGAGGGUUUCCUGUUUCUGAGCACCUGCCAUCAACCGGCCAGCCGGGGUGCAAUUUUUCUCCGCGAUCGACACAUCGACAGUGAACCGUUCUUCAAUCCCAACUAUCUGAAGGAUCGGACCGACAUCGAGUGUAUGAUCGGGGCGAUCCGACUGGCCGCUCGAACGGUACGCACGGCAGCGUUCUGUCGGAUCGGGGCUCAUCUGCACUGGCCAAACGUGAAACGAUGUUCAAACUUUGGUCCACCGGUGGAUGGGUCGCAGGAGGAACCGUCGGAUCGGUUUUUGGAGUGCAUCCUCCGUACCUCGGCACUGACCGGGCAUCAUCCGGGUGGGACGGCAGCGAUCGGACUGCACGACGAGGCUGUGAUUGACAAUCAGCUAAGAGUCAACGGAGUGAAAGGAUUGCGAGUGGUGGAUGCAAGCAUUUUCCCCGCACCCGUGUCCGGUACGCCGAACUCGGUUGUGAUUGCGGUGGCCGAGAAAGGGAGCGAUAUAAUACUGCAAGGAGCUGGUGAUUAAUGUUUUAUUUCGGCACGGUAAGGAAGCUUUUUGUAAAAAAAAAAAGUUGUGAAAAAGGAAACGAGAAAAAAAGAAUCGCCUCCCCGACGGGGAAUCGAACCCCGGUCUCCCGCGUGACAGGCGGGGAUACUGACCACUAUACUAUCGAGGACAUGUGAGAAGGGCCGCUCAAAGCGCUAUAUAAACACAAUCUACGACUGAAAAAUUGAAUUCGUUGAGUGCGUAUUUUUUACCGAUUACACGUGGUUUAGAAUUAUUACGAACAUUCUUAUUACCAAUUUAAUAUGGAUAUCAACAUACACUCCUGCUAUUAACCACAUAUUAUUUCACACUUUUGGUAACGGCUUGAACCAUUUUGGCAACAGGGGCGAACUUGAAGACCAAAAUAACCAAUCAUUGCCAAUUACGAUAGUGUGUGGUGGUGUAUACGACGUAACAGAUAUGAGGUUCUCAACCUGCUAUCAGCGCAAUUCCCCGGCCGGCAAUAAUCACCACCACCACCCGGUGGUCAUUCCUGUUACUGCCCAGUCCGUCAUCCCCCUCGCGCACCUACUUGAAACUCUCGAAUGUUUUCUCAACGUCAACGACACGGUUGGGAGAUAACGGAGUGGCCACGUUGUGGAGCAACUGCGCCAUCAGUACACAACACCUCCGCCUCGAUCCAAACAUAUUUGAAACGCAGUUACUAUACAAGUUGUUGAUACAGGCGGUUUGAUGUAGGAUACACACUAUCGAUCGUCUAUAACCCAAAUUCCUGGAGGGGGGACAUUACAUAUUCUACCAUUUCGGAUGACUUUCAGAGGCGGACGAAGCGAGAUUGAUUAAAAAAAACACAACUUUUAGGCAUAUAAGUUAUUUUGUUUCACAUUGAUAAUAUAUAAUUUUCACCAAAUCAGUGUUUUGUCAGUUGAAGUAGUGCUCUCUCUCUCUUUCUUCCCACACUUCACUUAAUGUGUAUAUACUGCAAUUUCCCUUUUGCGACUGUUUUUCGCACCGCGUUCCGCAUUUGAAAGAAUACGCAAGACAAAAAAAAUAAGAAUGGAGUUGUCUGAGUGGGGGCCAUUGUUUGUUUGUUUUGUGUUGUGAGUGUUUCUUUUUACUAUUUUUUUGUUAAAGUAUUUUCUUCAUUAUUUAUGCUCUAUCCACCCCCCAACAUACAUGGGUUUGCUCCGCGCCGGCCGUAAACGUUUUAACACGUUGGUCAAGAAAAGCAACACAUUUCUUGUUUGGUCUUUAGAAGGUUCGGAAACAGCUGUCUCCUCCCCCUUGUGUCUAGAGCGUGGUUUUCUGUCUCCUUUCCCUGCACCUUUCUCUCCUUGUAUCGCAAGUAUCUUGUAAGCUGCUUCGAUGCGCAUUCGAUUAGAUUCGCUUUAGGCUAGAGAGGAUCGCGCAGAUCGGUUGAGGCAUUUGCGUUGUUUACACACACUCAUUGAUUGCACGCUUCCCACACACUCACAGACACACACACAUACACAUGUGUUUCUCACCUGUUAUCUCCCACUUUUUUCUUAAAACGUGUGCAAACAGAAGGUUCUAGAGAUUGGAAAAACUGCAUCGUCGUCUACUGAGUGUGGCGUCUGACGGAUACGCGCCACCCGACCGACCGUACGGGGUGUUGUAUUGUGCGAAAGAUCAUGAAACAUAGUCCUCCCGACAGUUUUAGACAGGGUAGAAUCAUAAAAGCAUAGCUGGAAUUGGAAGGUGCUUACCACCCCGUCCUACUUUCGAUGCAAUUAACUAUGGUGUGUACGCUAGGCGGGACGACAUUUCGCGUGGUUUUGCCACUCACGCAUCGCGCCGCUACAAGGCCAACUACGUCAUCCAAACCAGCAAAACAAAAGGUGGCAAAAGCAAACUAAACAGUUUCAGUCAGUGCGUGGAAGAUUUACUUCCAAAACAUAUAAAGUCACGAUCACAAUAUUUUACAAACACAGGCUGGGAAAAGCGUACACACAAAAGCACGCA